GAUGGUUUUGUUUUGCGAUUGCCCAUCACUAACGGUACAGGGUGUUCACAACAUUUGAGUAAAAAUUUGUUUGGAUUUUAAGUUAAAUUUGUUAAAAAAAAACUAUAAAAACUACGAAAAUGCCCGAGAGCGAUGUGACAAAAAUGAAGGUGGCGGACUUGAAGCGGGAGCUGAAACUACGCGGUCUCACGGUGAACGGCAAUAAGACGGAGCUCCAGGACCGCUUGGCGACCGCCCUGUUGGAGGGGGACAUUUCUCUGGAGGACUCGGCCAUAGCAGAUGCCAUCGACGACGACGACGUGUCCCUGACGGACGAGGAUGAGCACAAGCUGCUGGGCGACGAGAACGACGACGAGCUCCUGAAGAGUCCGGUUAGCACGCCCACAACUGUGGCCAUUCCCGAGUUGCUGGCUGAGGCGGCAGCGGGUGCUGUGCCUGCUGGGCCGGCCAAGAAAAUAGUCCUCAAGCGAAAUAAUUCCCAGCAGUCGACGGGUACGGCGGCCAGCACGGGGACAACGCCGUCCAAGGAGAACGAGGCACCGACUACAACCGCUGGCGAGGCCACAGAGGAGACUCCCACCAAGAAGCACAAACCCAUUGUGGUGGGUCCGAAAACUGAAGGCGAGAAGGCAUCCGGCGACAAGAAACUCACCCAGUUGACCGCCCAAGAGCGACUGGAACUGCGGGCCAAGAAGUUUGGCAUCACGCCAGUUGCAUCCCCGGCUGUGUCCACCGCAGCAUCCACGGUUGCUGCAGCCAUCAACAAAUCCUCGAGCGCCUCCAUUACGGCCAACAAGGGCAACAAGGAGACGGAGGAACAGCAGAAGGAGGCUCUCAAGAGGCGCGCCGAACGUUUCGGAUGCGUGGUGCCCGAAAAGGCAACUAAAGCCGGCGGAGAUGAUCGCCUGCAAAAGCGGAAGGAGCGAUUUGGAGCAGAAGCAGCCGCAGCAGCAGCCACGGAAGCCACCUCGACGGGCGCCACAACGGAAUCGAAGGACAAAUGGUCGGAGAAGGCACGUGCUCGCUUGGAAAGAUUCAAAACAGCUCCGGCCGCAGAGGCUUCCAAAUAGGGCCACAAAAACUAACCACUUGCGCAGGCAGAUACAAUUGUAAAUCCCUUCCGACGCAGGAAGUCUAUGCAUUCAUAUAUCGAACCCCAAAGCCACCAAUGCUUGUAGCGAUUAAGGAAAAUUUCAAUAAAAGUACAUCCUAUCAUGACCAUACAAA